AAUGUUAAUGUCACUUUCUCUGUGUGUGGAGAUCUAUGUAGCCUAUAAACCCAUGUUUGACACAGAACUCGUGAUGAGACGUUUGGUACAGAGGUACUGAAGUUGGUUUAAUUUUCGCAGAGCAUACUGCUUCGAAACAAUGUGUCGAAGCUUGUAUCAAACUGCCAUUUCCACGUGAAUGGUGACGUCGGAAUCAUCGUACGUCACUUAAACACCGUACAGGGUUUGAGCCAAACGAUGUUUGGCCCUAUUCCGUAAGCCUACCACAUCAACUUCUGCAAACCACCUGAUGUCACUGUGCUGUCUGUCUUCGACGCUUCGGACCUUUUUUUGGCACAAUCUGGAAGAAGCUUUAAAAGCUUCACAAAACUUUGUUCACCCAUCCUUACAUAGAACAUGGCUAUGAUUAUGGUAGAACUAUGGAUUAUCAGCAUGACAGCGUUUUGUAUUGCAGACGUUAGUCCACCUUUCCUUACUGUAAAUCUGGAUGUACCGCCAGAGGAACGAUGGGCACCACUUGUGGAAUUGUUCGACGUUAGUUUACUACGACAAGCUGCAGCAGAAGUAACUUGGUCAAUGGUACCCAAAUGGGUUCACCAUGCCGCUAUACCCAUUCUGAAGCACCUGGAAAACAAUUUGCCCCCACCAUAUGGCAAAGAGUUACAAGGAAUGGCAUCUUAUUAUGGAAUUAACAUUUCCGAAAUGAUUCUGCUCAAUUUUGCCUAUGAAUUUACAGCGUUUUGCACUAGUGUUAUAGCUCAGGACUCGAAAGGAAACCUCUACCAUGGUCGAAAUCUAGAUUAUCCCUAUGGUCAUAUCAGAAAUAUCACCAUUGAUGUCAGUUUCAUAAGAAAUGGAAAGGAGUUGUACAGAGGAACCACGUUUGCUGGUUACAUCGGUCUGUGGACGGGACAGAGUUCCAAAAAAUUUAGUGUGACGGGAAACGAGCGCUCAAAAGCAGGCCAAUGGUGGGACAAUCUGAUUGCUGCAGUAAUGAAGAACAUGCCUGCUGGCUGGUUGUUGAGACAGACUUUGGAGGAAGCUGCCAACUUCCAGGAGGCUGUGAUGCGCUUGUCCACGGUUCCCCUCAUUACAGAUGUGUACUACAUCAUUGGCGGGGUUCAUCCAGGGGAAGGGGUUGUGGUUACGAGAGAUAGAGGAGGCCCAGCUGACAUUUGGCCUCUGGACCUUCUUAAUGGAGGAUGGUAUUUGGUAGAAGUAAACUCUGACCACUGGCUGCCUGCUCUUGAUGAUUAUCAAAGAAUUGCUGCCAGAUGGACAUUAAAUCGUAUCGGCCGUGAUAAUAUGAACUUUGAAAUGCUCUAUGAGGUUUUGUCAGUUGGCGCAGUAUGCAACAGGGCUACCAUUUAUACAACCGUGAUGAGUGCUGCGGAACCUAAGUACGAGACUGUCUUGAGACAGUGUACGAAUUAGGUGGAUUUGUAGAAAUGGACAUCAACCUUUAUUGACUCCAUUUUUGAAUCCAUAAUGUGAAUGGCCAGAGGUCCCUCCAUUUUAGGUAGUGUCAUAGUAAAUGAAUGCGUACUGUGUUCAAAAGUCUAUAAAGUGUAUAAUGUGUGUACUGCAUUUUGUAUGUAUGUUUAUAAUAUGCAGCAGUUAGAACACAGUUGCCAUAUUUAAAAUUUUGAAGCUUCAAAAGUAUGGCUUUUUGCCCCUAGCUCUUGCCUCUCCGGCAGAAGACAGAGAGUAUUUUUAAUGGCAGUCUCUCUGAUAGCAAAACUGUUUCUUGUGGUGUUCCACAAAGGGAGCUGCCUGGGUCUGCUUUUGUUUUCGGAUGACACUACUCUUUUUACCUCUUCACACACGUUAGUGGAGCUGAUAGAAAAUCUUAUUCUUGAGCUUCAAAAUAUAAUAAGCUGGGUGAGAAUGAACAAAUUAGUGUUGAACAUAGCAAAGACUAAAUGUAUUGUCUUUGGAAAUAGGAACACCCUUGACAAUGCCUCAGCACUUACUCUGUGAAUCGAUGACCUAUAUUUCAUCGAUGACCCUAGAGACAAUUGUAUUGUUAUGGCGCUAUAUAAAUAAAAUUGAAUUGAAAUUGAAUUGAAAUUUGUCACCAAAACAAAACUGUUGGGAGUCAAGCUGGACAAUUUGCUCUCUUGGUCAUAUCAAAUUGAUGAUAUUGUCACAAAAAUGGGGAAAGGCAUUACCAAUGCAAGAAAAUGUAUUGCUUAUGUUCCUUCCAACAGUAUGGCUGAUGAUGUCAGGUCUAUUGUGCUGUCACAUUUGGAGUACUGCCCAGUUGUUUGGUCUAGUGCUGCCAGAAAACACAGACUGAAACUUCAAGUUGCUCAAAACAGAGCAGCCAGAUUAACUUUAAAUUGCUCUUUCCGUACAAAUGUCAUGGAAAUGCACAAAGAGUUAUCAUGUCUAACUGUGGAAGCAAACUGUGAAUAUCAUAUUCUACGAUUCAUGCAUAAUGUGAUUUGGAAAAAGACACCUCAUUUCUUUUGUUAAUGUUUGCUGCGGGCAGGCUUUUGCCAUACAUACACAACUCGCCACUGGUCUAUUAGUUACAUAGGUCUGAUUGUGUUUUGUUCAUUUCUUUUCACUUUUGUAAUUUUGUUACUCUUGUACUAAUUUUGUUAGUAUGUUUUUUCUCUGUAUAACCUGAACUGCUUUAACUUAAAUGUGUAUUCAUGAUGGACCCCAGGGAGACUAGUGAACACUUUGUGGACGCUAAUGGGGAUCCAAAUAAACAAUAAGAAUACGAAUAUUUGAUGUGAUGAUAAAAAUGGCGGAGUGGCGCCAUUACAUGUAAUAUUCAUAGUAACAAUAAAGUACUUAACAUUUUUGACAAGUAA